GUGAUUUCAACAGCUGUUUGUCCGAGUUCCCCUGUCCAUGGAUCCUAGGCUACUACUACUUUGAUCAGAAGAGCUUUAGAGAGAGAGAGAGAGAGAGUGAAGGUUCAGAUCGAGUGUGUGAGAAAGAGAGGAAUCAGAAAAACUCGACCUUGAAAGUGAUGGCGGAUUCAGAAUCCCUACCGGAAGGCUGGACUAUAGAAGUGAAAGUACGAAAACACGGGAGGAAAGACAAGUACUACACCGAUCCUACAAGGGGAUAUACAUUCCAGUCUAGAAGAGAUGCCCUUCGAUAUAGUCAAACCGGAGAACUGGGAAAGUACGUGAAGUCCAAGGACAAAGAAAACACUGACAGGGAAAUGGAAAAUGAUAAGGCAUCAUCACCAGUUGUCGAGGGACAAACUUUAGCAGAUAGCUCAACAAAGACAGAGGUACCAAAGAAUCAGGACUCCAUUUCGAAAGAAGCUGCACAGAAUGAAAAAACUUGUGAACCCACCUUCUAUGAAAAGAGUUCAAAAGUUGUCGAGCUCGUAGAAAAUCAAUGUAAGCAAGGCUCUGCAACUUCAUGCACUAGACAAUCAGAAGUUGGGUCUUUGGAGCAAAGUGGACAGAAGGGUGAGUCACCCAUGCUAAUGUCUGAAGAUAUCCUGCCAGACUCGUCAGGACUUAGUAAGUCGAAACACAUGAAACUGACUGAUUUGCCUCGUCGUACCUCAAAGCGCCUUGCAGGCAUUCAAAUUCACCAACCUCUGGAAAUUAAAACAAAGAAUGAAACUCGCUCAUCGUUGGCUAGCCAUUUGGGUGAGGUAGUAGGCAAUGUAGGAGAAUUGGUUAAGAAGACUGAAACUGACAUUAUCGAGCAGAUGCAGUUAGAUCCCAAGAAACACACUGACUCUCGUCGAGAUCCUGCGAUAAUCGGUAAUGUAGAAGAAUCUGUUGGAAAGAUCGAAUCUGAGGAUACGACUAAGAAACAGAAGAUGAUAGAAACAGAAAACAAUAUCAAGAAAAAGUCAAACCAGAAACCGACUGAUUGGCCUCGCCGGAUUUCAAAGCGACUUGCCGGCAUCGAUAUCGUUCCGCAGUUGGAACAUAAAAUCCCCACUCAUCCACGUCGUAUCUCAGCUGAACCGUUGCAUGAAUCAAAAGACUGUUUAGCUGAAAAUGUAAUAAACACAGGUCAAGUGCAAGAAGAAUCAUCCACUGUUGUUGUUUCAGCCGAAACAAACCAAUUUAUUCCUCCUGGAGCUGAUAAAACAGUUGAAGAAGAAACAAAAUUACCUGUGGAAGUGUUAUUGAGUGAAAUCUGGAUGGACCCUUGUUUUGAGUUUGCAGUAAAAACUCUUACAGGCGAUAUUCCUAUUGAGGAUCAUCUAAAGCUUGAUAAGAUUCCACAACCAUCUACAAUUACAACUCCACCCUUCUCCAAAUGCCCGUGGGAAGAUGACCCGUGUUUUGAAUUUGCGGUUAAGACACUUACUGGUGAUAUCGAGAUUGAAGACUACCCUAGAGAAUUUCAAACGAGAAUAGGUGGAGAUAGAGACUCAGAUUCUCGCGCUCCACCAACUGAUUCUACUAGAAAUGAUGGUGCAUUACAAGGUCAGUUGAAUAACAAAAGAAAGAAAUCAACAUAGUGAUGAGUUAUUUAUGUAUCAUGUGUAGGUUAUGUUAUAACAGUUUCUAGACAAGAACUGGUUACUUUUUUUUUAUAUUUGGAUGGGUUCAAUUAGUCUCUCUCUUUCCCAAAGCAGAUGAAGACUAGCUAGGUAUUUGUGUAACUGUUGUUUUCAGACUUUUUAGGUUAUAAAAGUUCGAUGGAUGAUUUUCUGGCAUCAACGAACACCUUUCCUGUAAAUAAAUCUUCAUUUCUAUCCAA